AUGCAAACACCAAGAUACUCGACAUCCCGCCAGAAAGCAUGUCAACAAUGCUCUACCGCCAAAGCUCGGUGCGAGCGCGGUCCCGGACAUGGGCCAUGCACGAGAUGUAUGCAGCGCGGGCUGCCGUGCUCGAGGGCGCCUGUUCAGGCGAAUCCUAUUGACCAACAUCGCAACGAUACAACUGAUAUGAGUCUGGACAUGGCAGAGCCACCCAGUCCAUUCUCAAUCUCCGAGCCGUCGCUAACAAGCCCUGGGAGGGUCGAGGGGCCGUUGAACACCACUAACACAGACACUAGCGACCCCAGAGCCCAUUCCCAACUGAUGAAUACGCCGCAGAGACACAGCGCAACUGCAUCUUUGUCUUCGGCCUUCCCACUCCCAGCCCCAGCACCAGAAGAUACCAGCCCGAGAUAUGCCGGCCCAGCGACUGCGGCUAUACCCUGCGAAACAGACAGAUCUAAUGACGUCCUCAACUUCUCAAACCUCGCCCUCAUCUGCCCCAUCAACGCAGACGAUAUCAAGAACCGCUGGAUCCAAGCAUAUAUCCCCCUCCCAGGCCAAGCAGUCAAGAAGUAUCCUACAGGGGUGAGCACAUUCAUCUACCGGACACUCAAGUCAUAUACGUCUAUUGCCGUCAAGGGGCGCGGGGCGCUCCUCCCAUUCAUCCACCCGAAGCAGUUGAGCGGAGAAGCGGAGGGAUUGAACAGUUCCCCGCUAACGACAUGCUUGAGUGUGCUCCGGAUCUGCGCGAACUCGAGUCCUCUGCCCGGUAGCAAAGACGCCGCGGCGGGGAUCCUGCAGCGUGAGAUGCGCGCUUUGUACAGCCAGCAUACGAACGACAACGGAAGCGGGCAUAGUCUGACAGCCCUGGCAACCUUCCAAUCCUACCUCCUCUACACAAUGACCCUCUUCUUCCAGCUCAAUCUGCAUCGAACGGCAAAUACAUCUCUCUGCUCUGCAAUGACAAACCUUCAGGACCUCGCCUGCACCAGCGCACGGCACGGCCUCCUCUGCACCGCCGAGUCGAGUGCCCACCGCACGCGCCCACGCUGGGAAGAAUGGAUCGUUGCCGAGGCGACCCGCCGCACGCUCUUCGUCAUGUACCUGUUCGACAGCAUCCUCUCAGCGCAGGAGGGGCUGCCGACUUUCUUGGGGGUUGAGUUGCGCGGGCUCCCGGCGCCAGCGGGGGGGCUGCUUUGGCGCGCGGGAUGUAGACGGGAGUGGGAGGCGCAGUAUAAUUUGUUUCUAGUGGAGUGGGGAGGUCAGGGAGGGUUGAGGAUUGAGGAGCUCUGGCCGGAGGGGGUGGGGGUUGAUGAGAGGGAAAGGAGGAAGGUGAGGAUUGAUAGAUGGGUGGAGGGGUUGGAUGAGUAUGGGACUACGCUUUAUGCGAUUAUGCAGUGUACGCAUGGGUGA